AUUCCACAAACCCACCAUCUGCCGGUAUGGUAGGUACUAUGGUACUAUCAAAAGUUCUCUUAAAAGUUUAAUGGAAUCGCGUAUCCGCAGCCUUAAACGCGUCCACGGGUCUAUGUACCUAACCUACAUGUACCUACCUUGAAUAAUCUUAUCUACCAAGCACCAAGCACAUGAAAGAAGCCUGGAUGAGCUACAACAAUUACCAAAUUCGACCUUCCAAGAUAAUACUUUUUUUUUCACGUAAAUUCUUGGUAUAACAACUGCUAUUUGGACAUACUCAACUCAACUAACUUGAGUUACUUGUUCUUAUACGUCCUGUCUCGAACUUGGCCGGGUUAUCUACAUUCGUAUUGUCUGAAAGCAACUCUCAUCACAAUGCCGUACAAUACAACGGCAAUUCCGCCUCGAAAAGAGGUCACAGGCCAAACUCAGCUUCCCUUAUCUCGAGUGAAAAAGAUCGUAGCACAAGACCAAGAUAUCGGCAUAUGUUCCAACAACGCCGCGUUCGUAAUCACCCUCGCAACAGAGAUGUUCAUCCAACACCUCGCCAACGAGAGCCUCACCAUGGCCAAGCUCGGCAAGCCCCGCCGCAACAUCCAAUACAAGGACCUCGCCGCCGCCGUCUCGCACCACGACAACCUCGAGUUCCUCGAAGACGUGAUCCCCAAGACGACCCCCUACAAGCAGAUCAAGGCGCAGGCAGCCGCCACCCGCAACCAGCUCACCAGCGGGACUUCCGCGGCCGAACGCGCCGCCGAGAAGCAGCAGCAGAAGGAGGGAGCAGCAGCAACGACGACGAAUGGGGCUGCUACUGGUGGUGGUGGUAGCUCGACUAAGAAGCAUAAGCCUAACACCAGCCGUUCCAGCUUGAACGGGGCUAACUUCGUGGGUGCUAGUGGUGCUCGGAUCAUGAGCGACGACGACGGCGGCGUCGAGAUGGAUCCCGCGGAGCAGCUGCGCCACGAGAUGCUGCAGGCGACUCGCGGAGGGCAGGAGGAUGUCCACAUGAGCGGGUAGAUGGGAGGGCGUUGUAUAAUAUGUACAUGUCUCUGGGGUUUGAAGCUGGCGGGAAUAAUGGCUUAAUUCAGAUACUGGAAGGAUAAUCACCCGAUUCUAAGUUACUUAGUUACUUUACGAGCCUGGAUCUAGUUGUAUAAGGGGAUGAGAUGGUUGUUACUAGAUGAUAGGUUCCCCAUAGCACGGU